CGCCGCUCUGGGUCUGGCCCUCUGGGAAGAUGGCCGCGGUGCAGGCGGCAGAGGUGAAAGUGGAUGGCGAGCCCAAACUGAGCAAGAAGUGGUGGUAAUCAUUAGUUCCGGGGUGUUCUGCCAUGUUGACGCAAGCUGCUGUAAGGCUUGUUAGGGGUUCCCUGCGCCAAACCUGGGCACAGUGGGGUCAGAGGGAACCGCAACUGUGUCAACUUGCUCAGUUCUCAGCGCUUCACAAGGACAAGCCACUUUCUGAUAAAAGAAGUGAGCUAAAGCGACGCCUCAAGGCUGAGAAGAAAGUGGCGGAGAAGGAGGCCAAGCAGAAAGAGCUCAGUGAGAAACAGCUAAGCCAGGCCACUGCUGCUGUCGCCAACCACGCCACUGACAAUGGUGUGGGUGCCGAGGAGGAGAGCCUGGACCCAAACCAAUACUACAAGAUCCGCAGUCAGGCAGUUCACCAGCUGAAGGUCAACGGGGAAGACCCGUACCCACACAAGUUCCAUGUAGACAUCUCGCUCACUCACUUCAUCGAAGAAUACAGUCACCUGCAGCCUGGAGACCAUCUGACUGACAUCACCUUAAAGGUGGCAGGUAGGAUCCAUGCCAAAAGAGCAUCUGGGGGAAAACUCAUCUUCUAUGACCUUCGAGGAGAGGGGGUCAAGUUGCAAGUCAUGGCCAAUUCCAGGAAUUAUAAGUCAGAAGAAGAAUUUACUCGUAUCAAUAACAAACUGCGUCGAGGAGACAUAAUUGGAGUCCAGGGAAAUCCCGGGAAAACCAAGAAGGGCGAGCUGAGCAUCAUCCCCCACGAGAUCACACUGCUUUCUCCUUGCUUGCAUAUGUUACCUCACCUUCACUUCGGCCUCAAAGACAAGGAAACACGGUAUCGUCAGAGAUACUUGGACCUAAUCCUGAAUGACUUUGUGAGGCAGAAAUUUAUCGUCCGCUCUAAGAUCAUCACAUAUAUAAGAAGUUUCUUGGAUGAACUGGGGUUCCUGGAGAUUGAAACUCCCAUGAUGAACAUCAUCCCAGGGGGAGCUGUGGCCAAGCCUUUCAUCACUUACCACAAUGAGCUGGACAUGAACUUGUAUAUGAGAAUUGCUCCAGAACUCUACCACAAGAUGCUGGUGGUCGGUGGCAUUGACCGGGUUUAUGAAAUCGGGCGCCAGUUCCGGAAUGAAGGAAUUGAUCUGACUCACAAUCCUGAGUUCACCACCUGUGAGUUCUACAUGGCCUACGCAGACUAUCACGACCUCAUGGAGAUCACGGAGAAGAUGAUUUCAGGGAUGGUGAAGCACGUUACAGGUGGUUACACAGUCACCUACCACCCAGAUGGCCCGGAAGGCCAAGCCUAUGAGAUUGACUUCACCCCACCCUUCCGGAGAAUCAGCAUGGUGGAGGAGCUCGAGAAAGCCCUGGGGAUGAAGCUGCCAGAAACUCGCCUCUUUGAAACAGAAGAAACUCGCAAAAUUCUUGACGAUAUCUGUGUGGCAAAAGCUGUUGAGUGCCCUCCGCCUCGGACCACAGCCAGGCUCCUUGAUAAGCUUGUCGGGGAAUUCCUGGAAGUGACGUGCAUCCAUCCCACAUUCAUCUGUGAUCACCCGCAGAUCAUGAGCCCUCUGGCUAAGUGGCACCGCUCUAAGGAGGGUCUGACUGAGCGCUUUGAGCUGUUUGUCAUGAAGAAGGAAGUAUGCAAUGCCUACACUGAACUGAAUGACCCUAUGCGGCAGCGGCAGCUUUUUGAGGAACAGGCCAAGGCCAAGGCUGCCGGUGACGAUGAAGCCAUGUUCAUAGAUGAAAACUUCUGCACUGCCCUGGAAUACGGACUGCCCCCCACUGCUGGCUGGGGCAUGGGCAUCGACCGCCUCACCAUGUUUCUAACAGACUCCAAUAACAUCAAGGAAGUGCUUCUGUUUCCUGCCAUGAAACCUGAAGACAAGAAGGAGAGUGUAGCAGCCACUGAUACCCUAGAAAGCAGCCCAGUUGGUACAUCUGUCUAGAAAAUAGUAAACUACAAAUAGAACAACUCAGGCAUCUUUGCAUUUCUGCAAAACAGCAAGGAAUUCCUGUGUGUUGCCAUCCAUUGUACCACAGUUCAGCUGGCACCAGAAGAGAGAAGAGGAAUUCAGAAUUCCUUUUUACUCCUUGUUACCAAAUAAACCGUUUGUCUCUUCUGUUUACCUUUGGAA